GCUGUGACGGUCACCAGGACACGCAAGUUGUGGCUGACAUUGGCUUCUUGGACCCCUUUCCUGACUUGCUACGCUUCAGCAGCAUGCCCAAAGGACAGCCAAGAUGGCUGGGGCUACAAGGCCACUCGCUGCCAAAGCGAGGCCUUCGCCGUCUGUCUCGGCGGCGGCAGCCCUCACCAGGAACCAACCGCCUGCUAUGGCGUCGACGCGAGCGAUGACUGUAAGCACGAGCCGAAUCGGGAACAUUGGUCCAUCUCUCGCCCAGCAGAUACCUGACCCCUGGCCCCUCUAUCAGGCCUAUGGCCUAGUCGAUUCAGUAGUCCCAAGCAAGCUCCCGCGCAGGUGUCGGUCUGGAAGCAGAAGCAGUGAUGCAAUGGGGCUUCCGAUGCUGGCAAUCACCGACAUUUCCUCCAACUCCUCGAAGACCUUUACACUACACGACAGCCCGGCGAAUGGGAGCACGACUAUCCUGCCUAGUGUGACCGACACGUUGCAAUGCACGAGAUCAAGCAUCACCCUCGAGCCCGUCGAAGCUGAUGCUGUCUCGCCGCCGGCGUGUUGCCUGGCCCUGUGGCUGUUGUCUCUACGAGCGUGAUCCCCCGAUGGGCGGCUGUUCAGGGUGGUCAUUGGCCCAAACCGAUCAUGCCUAUAUCAAACGUCCCGUGAGCGCCACCUCGCCGAUAUUGGGGUCUCUUAUGCUUGGCCCUAAUGAGCGCCACGGUGGAGCUUGCCACGCAUAGGCUGAAAGCAAAGAGGCAAGUCAG